AUGACUCUCGAAGUCGGCGAUCUAGUCCUGACAGGUGAGUCCCGUGAACGUUGCGUUAUUUGAAGCGCGAAAGAAGGCUCAGUCCAGUCGAUCUCUGCUAUACCCGCGCGCACAGGUACUCCUCAGGGUGUUGGGAGAGUCGUUGCGGGCGACGUCAUCACUGCCGGUCUUGGUCUGCCAGACUCCAAGGAGGAUCUGACAAAGCUAAAGAUCAACGUGGCUGAUCGCCAAGGGCUUUUCCAGGUAGACUAA